GGAAGUUUUGAACGGAUCAUACGCGGGAAAUUACUUUUCGCUUCAGCUGGACAACAGAGGAGGUCAGUCAUUCAUAUACAAAAUGAAGGUGGUUACGUGUGAGAUUGCAUGGCACAACAAGGAGCCAGUCUACAGUCUGGACUUCCAGCACAGCCCGGAUGGUCGCAUUUGUCGGCUGGCCACAGCUGGAGUGGACACCACAGUCAGACUGUGGCGGGUGGACAUGGGCCCUGACGGGAAGGCAGUGGUGGACUUUCUGUCUAAUCUGACCAGACAUACCAAGGCUGUGAACGUUGUGCGCUUCAGCCCCAAUGGAGAGCUGCUGGCCUCAGGAGGAGAUGAUGCAGCGAUUCUGCUGUGGAAGCUCAACGACUCUAAAGAGCCCGAGCCGAUACCCAUGUUCCAGGAGGAUGAGGAUGCUCUGCUCAACAAAGAGAGCUGGACUGUGGUCAAGACUUUAAGGGGUCACAUAGAGGAUGUGUAUGACAUCUGCUGGACACGGGACGCAAGCUCCAUGAUCUCCGGGUCUGUUGACAACACGGCUAUUAUGUGGGACAUCAACAAAGGAACGAAGCUGUCCAUCUUGAAUGACCAUAAGAGUUACGUGCAGGGGGUGACCUGGGAUCCUCUGGGGCAAUAUGUAGCCACUCUCAGCUGUGACAGAGUGAUGCGUGUGUACAGCACUCACACCAAGAAGAAAGCCUUCUGCAUCAGUAAGAUGAGCUCUGGGCCUCUCGCAGAGGGAGAGGUGAAGCAGCACAGAAUGUUCCAUGACGACAGCAUGAGGUCGUUUUUCCGUCGUCUUUCUUUCACACCAGAUGGGUCUUUCUUGCUCGCCCCAGCUGGGUGCGUGGAGAUUGGAGAAAACAUCAUAAAUACCACCUACAUCUUUUCCAGGAAGAGUCUCAAGAGGCCUAUCGCACACUUGCCAUGUCCGUCUAAAGCUACACUGGCUGUGCGAUGCUGCCCCGUCUACUUUGAACUGAGGACCAAGACGCUAGAAGAUGGUACAGUUCAGACUCUUCCCAACGUCUUCCAGUUGCCGUACCGCAUGGUGUUCGCUGUGGCGUCUGAGGACUCCAUCUACCUGUAUGACACGCAGCAGACCCUUCCCUUCGGCCUGGUGUCAAACAUCCACUACCACACACUCAGCGACCUCACAUGGUCCCGGGACGGCUCCUUCCUGGCGGUGUCCUCCACAGACGGCUACUGCUCCUUCCUCUCCUUCUCUCCUGGGGAGCUGGGCACUGCGCUGAAGGAGCCCCCCACCCUGGAGAUCUUUACACCAAGCACUGCUACUGAGAAAAAGGGCAAGAAGUCGGCAGCUGCUAGAAACUCGUCUCCCCAGACCCCCACAUCCCAAACCAUCAUCAGCAAAGUCACCCCUCUCACCCCUGUCACCCCCCUCACCCCUGUCACCCCCCCAGAGGAGAAGAAGAGCACCCCGAGUGCCAAGUCCAAACCUCAGCCCCGAAGAAUCACCCUGAACACCCUGCAGGGCUGGGGGAAGCCCUCCUCCCCUAAAACCACAGCUCCCCCAGCCCCUCAGACCCCAACGUCUGAGAGCUCCAGCGCACCCUCCACUCCCCAGGCUCGCAUCGCCCCUCUCACCCCGACCCAGUCCUCCUCAACACAUCCACGUCUUACCCCUCUCACCCCUACCAAUUCGUCCACAACACAGCCCCGCAUCUCCCCCCUCACUCCCUCCACCCCUAAGGCCAGUGGUAAUAACGCUGGGCAAACGACUCCUAAAGGUACCACCACCCCAAAGGGGCCCACCCCAAGGAGGGUAUCUUUGACUACAGUUGCAUCCCGAUCUCCAGCUGUUAGUUCACUCUUCCGCACUCCCUCCUCCACUGAGAAGGCCAAACACGAACGCCCUUCUCCUACCAACGAUCCGGUGUGCCAGCCUCCAGAGCCAAAACGGUCCAAGACCAGUGAGCCGGCAGCGAAGAGCAGUGCCACCCAGACUUAAUGUGUGAUACAGUGAUUUCAGAAAAGAUUAAAAACUGCAGAGGGAGACGCUUCAGUGUAAAAACAAUGAUGUUCCUCGUGGAUGAAGCACCACCGUGUGUGGGUUGCUUGUACUUCCUUAAAAAGCUGUAUCCUCACAUAAUGUACUUGGUUAUAAAACAAACUGUCUUUUGUAUUAAUACUUAUUUUUAUUGUGUAUUUUUGUAUCAUACAUUAACAAUGUUUUUUUUUUUUACAUUUAGAUGCUUAAGUGAAAAAAAAGAGUUCUGUUUUACUUAUUUUAAAUAAUGUGAUUGUUAAACUGCUGAAAACCUGGAGAAGAAGAAAGAACCACUUCAAGGUUUAGUGCCUUGUGAAAAACGAUAAAAAAGUAAAGUCUUAUUUAGCUGAAGACUGCGGGCCAGCAGCUUAAGUGAAGAGCUCAAAUUGUUAAGUCUUUUCUCAUUGUCUAAUAAAGGACGUUU